AAAAUGAAUUAGCUGGGAACAGAAAAGAAACACUUUUUAACAUCUGCAACAAGAUUUAGGUGAGGGUUUGUCUACAUGCCCCGGGAGGAGAGAGAGAUAGUAGAGAGAAUCUGAAGUGUAUCUUGAUCUAGGGUUUCUCAUUGACACAUACCAAAUCUCCAUGCUUUGAACUAAGCAGAAUUCAUCUUGUCUUUUAUCUCUCUCAUUUCAAACCAAAGGAUGGAUCUAUCCACUUGUUCCAGAACCUUUAUCUAAAGUCUUGACCCCUUCAUAUCUCCCAGCCUUUACAUUUCUAUCUUUCUAUUUUGUUGUGAAGUCAUAGAAAAACAAUAGAAGAAGUGAAAAUGAUCCCAAGUAUAGAGGGAGGCAGGAAGACUGACAGGGAAGAAGAGGAGGAGGAGGAGGAGGAAGAAGAAGAAGAUCAAGACGGUGAAGGAGAAGAAAGUAAGGUCUCAAGCAAUAGUACAGUAGAAGAGAUUGAUAAGAAGACGAAGGUGAGGCCUUAUGUGAGAUCUAAAGUCCCUCGACUCCGGUGGACUCCUGAUCUUCAUCUCCGCUUUGUCCGCGCCGUCGAGAGGCUUGGAGGUCAAGAAAGAGCAACUCCAAAGAGCAAGAAGAUGGAUGAUCAAGGUCAAGCCAUAGCUGAUCACAGACAUUUGAUCGAGACUUCCACAGAUCGAAAUAUUUACAAACUAAGUCAGCUACCGAUGUUCCGAGGCUAUAAUCAUAACCAUGAUUCUACAUUCAGAUAUGGAAGUAAAUCUUCAAAUGCUUCAUUGUGGAACUCUACCUCUCACGAAACGAACCGGAGCUUGAUAGAUAGGCCCGGUUUAGUUCGCGGCUCAUUGGUUAGCAAUAACAUUCGUGGUAGUGAUUAUUGGACUAACAACAGGUCUUUCCACAACAUCUACUCCUCUUCAAUUUCUAAUCACUUGCCGAGACUAAGACACAAUCAUCAAGAACGGACCAACUCAAUCACAUUCAGCAGCAUUCAAGAACACUCAAGAACGUUAGAAAAGAUCCCGAUCGGUGUUGAAGAGAGCACCAAUUAUACUUAUUGUAACAAGACAACGGGCAAAAGAAACGCAGGUACAAGCAUCGAUCUUGAUCUUGAUCUCUCUCUAAGAGUACCCGAGACGACUAUUUCGAAAGAGACAGAAACAGCAGCAACAACAACGGAUCAAACGUUGUCCUUGUCGUUAUGUUCGGGCUUGUCUUCAUGGAAAAAGAGCCGAGUGAUCAAGACGGAUGAAGAAGAUCGGACGGUUAAGAUUGGACAGGCAAGUACUCUGGAUCUGACUCUAUGAAUUAUAGUUAAGAAUGGGACAAAUUCUAAGUGAGAUCUUGAGGUACUUAUCCGAUAUUUUAAUAUUCAGUGUCUUUGUUGUUAAUUAUUUCUGUAUCUUAUUUAUUACUCCUUAGAAAGGAAACAAAAAGGUCUGAAUAUAUAACCGUUUUGAGUUUGUUUGAUACCGCCAAUUUGUAUCAUCACUUAUAUAAACAAAUGGCACUAGGCACUAGCUUACAUAGUGAUUCGAUCUUUUGUCCGUCUCCUUCC